UUUUUUUUUUUUCAUUAUUAUUACUGUCCUUAUGUAGUCUGCUAUUUAAAAGGGGGAAAAACAGCAACAAAAAAACCUAAAAGAAUCUUUAUUUUAGAAAAGAAAACGUUCAGACUUUCUUCGGUUGUACUUGCUGACGCCACUGCGAAUUUUUUGUCCAAACUAGGCGAACUUUUGAGAGAAAAACACAUGAUUCUUACAACAAAAUUUUUUUGCUUUUAGUCUUUUGAUUUGUUUAGAUCCAUUCUAGAAACUUGAUACUUUUUUAUAAACUUAUCUACAACGUGGUGGGAAAUUCAUGGUUUACUAAUGUGUUGAACUAAAAAUUAAAAAUGACUUGAUAAGAAAUGGGCCAAUUUUCUGACCAAUUAUAGGCAUUGCAUGAGGAGAGUGGUCCCGCACAAGGAGGCUGAAUUCUCUAGUCACAGCAUCAUGAAGGCUAUGGAAAGAUUCGUGCAGGCUGUGCAGGAUAUGGAUGAGACUAUCCUUGUCCCAUCACGGCUUAUGGAUCUUGAAGUCGGUGAUGCGAGUGACACAGUAGAGUUGAAGCCCAAGGGUAUGUCCACUGACCUCUACAGGCUGUAUAUGAUGGUGAAUUGUGUGAAAAAUGAACUGCUAUGGGGAGCUAACAGCGGAGAAGUGGAUGAAGAGGAACCCAUCACAACCGUGGCAACUUCCUUGACAAAAGGCCAUACAAGGAGGCCGUCUACUGCUUCUGUGGCUUCCACUCAAUCUGCGACACUCAGUGAUACAGACAGUGAAAUGAGCAAUGAAAAUGACUCUGGUAUCGAAGGAGAAUCGGAAAGCAAGCCAGACUACACGAGGUCUGUUGAAACGAGUUUCCGAAGACACCUUUAUGGACUGCAGCGGUCACUUAGGCAGAUGACUGCUGCUGCUGCAUAUCUAACGAAGCGCUACCAGAGCGAUAUAGGAGCGAAUCUCUGAUCGAGUAUGGAUCGUUUAUAUACGACCUAUUCCCUCCCAGUGCCCUGACUUUUGUCUGAGGAUGUAUAAUGUAAGCUUGUGAGAGUGAUUUUUGUUGUGAUAUGUUUAAUCUGCAUAAUUACACUGUGGAGUUUAAAGCAAAAUGUCUUUCCUUUUUAUAGAGGUCAUUUAAAUAGUUCUACGCCAUUGCGUGGUUAUUAUAAAUGUGACACAUUUUGAGUUUAUACUCUCGCGCAGACUCUUAAAGGAACUCUCAUUAUAUUUAUAUUUUACAAUAUUACUUUUUGCCAGUUAGUUUAUCAUUUGUAUUAUUCCUAUGUUACAGCGACCUAGUCAAAACAAAAUGUACACAGAACUUGUCUCAUAAUUCUAUUUUUUAUUAUUUUAUUGCUUAAAUUAUAAUAUUUAAAAGAAAAAAAUAAGGCAAACAGGCAUAGGUAAACUGGUGUUAACACUUUAUUCAAUCUGAAAAUAUUGUUCAUACAUUUGUUUUGCCACCUUAAAUUGUUCAUCCAGUUAAUAAUACUUU